UAGCGUCUCUAGCUUUGCAUCAUUCUGCGAGGAUCAUUACACGAAAUAGAGUGUCCUCCAGCAAUACAGCAGUGACAGGAGAAGCCGGUCGUCUAAGGACAAGGGCAACAACCAUGGUUUUCGAGGAAAAGAUGAUCACGAGCGGAGAGCCUGAGGAUGAAGAAGAAGAGGAGGAGGAAGAAGAAAUGGUGGAUCCUAUUGAAACAAUAAGGCAGCAGUGUGCGGAGAUUGAACACUGUGUCCAUUACCAAGAACGUUUAGAGCAGUGUGAGACUAGAGUUGGUUCUCGGUCUUCAACACAGGAGGAUUGCACUGAGGAGCUGUUUGACUUUCUACAUGCUCGGGACCAUUGUGUGGCACACAAGCUGUUCCAUUCUGUUAAAUAAAAUCCUUUCCGAUUAUGGAACAUCAAGCUGAAGAGACACUCAGUCAUGUAUUAAAGAAAAGUUAAAUUCAACCACUGUGUGUGUCUGCUGUACGUGUACCUUUGAAAGUAAACUGUAAUGUAUUUGCUCAUGUGAACAAAGUGAAUUUAUUUAACAAAUGUGUGUCAACAAUUCAAUAAAGAUAUAUAACAUUGAAAGUUU